CGUUUCGUGGAUUUUAAAUUGUGAGAAAGUAAAAGGAAUAACAAUAUUAUUUAAAUAUUGAGCGAAUUAUAUUAUUAAGCAAAUUAAAGUGUUGACUCGGAUCCCGAGCCGAGUGUAUAAUACUCGCAAUGCCGAAUUGCACGACCAAUCUCACUUGGUAUCUAGGAAAGUUUAUUAUCGGAUUUACCGGAAUAUUAUUUCUCUACAUCAGUUUCUUGAAAGAAAAUAAGAAAUGCUGCGUGUGCAACACUAGAAUGAGAGAAUUACUGCAGAAGGAGAAAAGUGAAAAACGGCCAAGUAGAUGCAAAUGCAUAAAGGGGAUGCAAGAUAAACGUUAUUUAUGUGGAUGCAACAAGGCAAUGCAAUUAACGUGGAACGACGAUAUGAUUUCAAAUGAUUUUAUCAAGCGUAAGAAGUCUUGUCCGAAAAGUCGCUGUUGCACCAGAAGAAAUUCUUGUUAAGAAAGAGGAACGAUAAUGUGAUAGCUCUUUGCUCAAGAUGACGUUCCUUGAUCCAAUAUGGCGCAAGUUUUGUUUGAAGAUGACGUAACGUUUCAUCUCCUAUUCCAGUGCUUACAG